CUCAGAGCGGACGUGAUUUUUUUACAAGAGACUAUGGGUGCCUCAGUUAUAUUUCGUUUUGUUUUGUUCUUUCUUUUAUUAAAUUAUAUUAGCUUAGAGUGUUUUCCAGGAUGCUCCUGUGUAACUGACCAUUAUGGGAGGUCACUCACAUGUAUGGACACAUCAUUAUCAGCGAUUCCUGAGGAUAUACCGGGAGAUUUGACCAAAAUCAGAAUAGAGAAAUCACAACUCAGCGAAUUACCGAAGGCAGCAUUUUCCCGCGUCAAAACAUUAACGAAUCUCUGGCUGAAUUUCAAUGACAUAGCCAUCAUUAAUAUCAAAAGUUUGGAGGGUCUGGGGAACUUGACGGAGCUCAGGUUGCAGGGUAACAAACUGCGUUCAGUACCAUGGACGGCGUUUGAGGAGACACCUAACCUCAAGAUUCUGGACUUGAAGCACAACCGCAUUGACGCCCUCCCUGAACACGCGCUCAAAUUUUUACCAGGUCUGACCUAUUUAGAUCUGUCCUCUAAUCAACUUUCAGUCAUUUCUAAAGAUGUCUUCUUGAAUUGGCCUCUCUACCACACAGGGGAAAAAAGUGAAAAAGCGUCAAAGACCAACGUUGUUUUGGCACUUCACGACAACCCCUGGCUUUGCGACUGUCGCCUUGGAGGCUUCGUUGAGUUUAUCAAAACGUUGAGUCCUCCGUUCAUUCUCAUGAACUCAUAUUUGACAUGCUCUGGCCCAGAAUUCAGGGCGGGAAAAUAUUUCCAUGAGGUCGAUUUGAAGGCGUGUGUGAAACCAGUGGUCAGCGCUCCAGCAACCAACAUUACCAUGCCGUUGGGUGGGAACGUCACUCUGACGUGCUUUGUGAUGGCCAGACCUGAACCUGCUAUUCGCUGGAUAUAUGGUCUUAAGAUACUUAGAGGAUUUCGUGAAAUUCAGAGCCAUGUGGAUGAAGACACGAUAAGUUCUCAGCUGGUCAUUCCUUCUUUUCAUCCGGCCGACCGAGGCCUAUACACCUGCAAUGCAAUCAAUUUCAUUGGUAAUUCCUCCAUCAACAUUCAACUGGAUGUGAAUUCUCUGGAUGGCUCAAUGUCUCAUUCCUUAAACAUUCCUGCUGACACCGAAGAGGAAAACAUUUACAUUGACAUCCGUAUAGCCAAGCAGACAGUCUAUGGAAUCACAAUUGAAUGGCACGCCAUGACAGAGAAUCCAACAGAAACCUGGUUCACCAUCCACUUUGGGCGCUAUGACAUGCCCAAGAAGGAAACGAUAUAUAUUGGGCCAGGUAUUAACACCUACUCUAUCACAGACAUGCAACCAGCUACUAAGUAUGAAAUCUGCGUGACCCUAAAGAACCAGGCUCCUCGGAAUGGCCAGUGCAUUGUGUUUGUGACUGGCAGUGAUUUCAAUGAAAUGGAAGAGAGAGAGAAGCUCAUUCAUAUUGUGGUCAUUGUGCUUGCCAUGGUGCUUGCUGUGCCAGCGGGAAUGUAUGCCUGUACCACUGACGCCAAGUUCAACUGCCUUGAGCGUUGCAUGGAGAUGUGGAGAAACAGGAGAGAUACGGCGCACUCUCACAGACCUGAUGAGAGGCAGGGCACUUUUGACAGUCUCCAAGCUGCCAGUGAUGAGGGCCUAUGCAAGGAGUCCAGCAAUGAAAAGAAGACAAGACGAAGGUCUGCUGAUAAGAUACAGAAAACCAAGAAUGAUCGCAGACCAACAGCUGAGCUUUACUGAUGACACACUAAGUCACUACUGACUAAGUGACAUCUAUACUGUAGCCUGAUUAAUACACAUGAAAGGACUCAUCCGGGCCUCCAUUUUAAUUACAUUGUGAGAUUCUUGAGUGAUCAAGAGGAGAUCACAGUAUAGUGAAGUUAAUAUACUAAUUAAGAAGGUUGCAACAAUGACUAGAGGUGAGCAUGUAUGAACUUGGAAUUUUACAAUUGAACAUGUUUUAAAAUUGUUGGAAACCAAUUGAAACCUGCAAACACAAUACCUUUAAGCAUUAAAAACAGAGCUGAACACUUCAAUAGACUAAUUAUAAUCAGAAGGCAAGAAUAUAGGAGUAUUUCAUUGUUAUUCUCUUUAUAUACUAUUCAGUUGUAGAUAAGGCUGAGUAUUGAUACAGAUUCCUGAUUCAAUUUUAAUCAGAUUUAAAUGCUCUCGAUUCCUUUAGAUUCCGAUUUCGAUUCUGAAUCAUAUGGGUAUAUAUCAGUUAUUUUCUUAAAUAUGAAAGAAAUUCUCUCUCAUCUGAUGCUGUUAUUUAUACAAGGGACCUUCUUGCUGGAUACAUCAUGAAAAUAUUAGUUAGUAUGAAAAUAUGAAUAUUUUCAUUAGUUUUUCAUACUUUCUGUAACAUUUUAGCUUUUUAAUAAUGUACAAAUGUAUUUUGUCAAUAAAUAUGAUGUCUUGAAUAGCAUAUUUUAUGUUGCAUAUAUAUAUUUGAUUACAUGCAUAAUUUUUACUAUUUACAAGUAUUUAGAACACGUGCUCAAACAGUACCAUACUUUCUUUUCAAGAAUACCGGCAGUUCAGUGAGCCCGUAGAAGUGUUUUGGUUGGGCGCCUAUUAACGAGAUUGUCUAACAGCUUCUUUACUGCAUCCUUACUAUGCGAGAAUGGAAUUAAAAGUUUCUUUUUUGUUGUUUUUGAUU